AUGAUUCUGAAGGAUCUGGAGACUGCAGAUAAAGUUCUUAAAAAAGAGCCAGACGAGACGCCGCCAUCAUCCGUUGACGCAUCACCUCUACAGGUUAAUAUACCUCCGUCAACUGGGCGAUCCAGUGUAACGAGUGGUCCCAGUCCUUAUGCAUCUCCUUUAACUGGUGGUCUACUACAAGGCGGUAGCCUUCCCCACCCCUUACAUCUCAAUGGUGAUCUUGGAACAUUGCCUCCAGGACUUGAUUUUGCGGCUGCAAUUGCUGCUGCUGCUUCGUCCAGUCAGAAUUCUGCUCUUACUGUCGGAGCAGGUUCAUCUGGGCUCCCAAUGAGUCAUGAUGGUCAUGUGAUCAAACCUGUUAGUGGAAUGGAUACUUCAUCAUUCUCAGAAUGGCAUUCUCCUUUGUUGUCCGGGUACAUCAGUUCACCUUCACCGACUAUGGCUGCAGGUUCACGUAGUUCAAUGGGUGGCUGCAGUGGUGGUGGUGAGGAUGAGUCGACGAGGAAAAGGCAAGUACGAUUGCUGAAAAAUCGUGAAGCCGCUAAGGAGUGUCGCCGCAAGAAGAAGGAGUACGUGAAGUGUUUAGAAAGCAGGGUUGCUGUACUUGAGAACCAGAACAAGGCAUUAAUUGAGGAGCUGAAAACCCUGAAGGAGCUCUAUUGUCGGAAAGAGAAGUCAGAUAUUUAA